CUGGCUGGACUUCCAGAUGAUUCUAUAGGAGCUGGGUGUAAACAGUUAGAGAGGGGGUAAGAGGUGGCUGGACUUCCAGGUGAUUCUAUAGGAGCUGGGUGUAAACGGUUAGAGAGGGAGUAUCUUCUGGCUGGACUUCCAGGUGAUUCUAUAGGAGCUGGGUGUAAACAGUUAGAGAGGGGGUAUCUUCUGGCUGGACUUCCAGGUGAUUCUAUAGGAGCUGGGUGUAAACAGUUAGAGAGGGGGUAUCUUCUGGCUGGACUUCCAGAUGAUUCUAUAGGAGCAGAGAGAGAGAGAGAGAGAGACAGAGAGAGAGAGAGAGAGACAGAGAGAGAGACAGAGAGAGAGAGAGAGAGAGAGAGAGAGAGAGAGAGAGAGAGAGAGAGAGAGAGACAGAGAGAGAGAGAGAGAGAGAGAGAGAGAGAGAGAGAGAGAGAGAGAGAGAGACAGAGAGAGAGAGAGAGAGAGAGACAGAGAGAGAGAGACAGAGAGAGAGAGACAGAGAGAGAGAGACAGAGAGAGAGAGACAGAGAGAGAGAGACAGAGAGAGAGAGACAGAGAGAGAGACAGAGAGAGAGAGGUCCUUAUGACCAGAUCAGAUUCUAUCUAUCUGAGUUUUAUGGAUUAGGCUCCAUCCACAAGGAUUUGUAGCUUUGCCUGUGAUAAAUAUAAAUCCAUCUCAGCUUGUAAAUAGUUUGUGUGUUUUGUUGUGAGGAUCGGUUUCAUCCUUCUCAACCUGCAGAGUGGAAACACAUGGAGGCAACGUGAGUGGGAGCGCUCUGACACGGAGGCUGUGAUCUGAGGAUAGUAACAUGGAUGAGCUGUGCAGAUGUGGCUGGGGAGCAGGUUUACCAGGACCUGGUUGUGUUUCUAUAAAGUCAUGUUUAUAUCACUUUGACAGCUCCCUCUACUAUCUCUCCAUCUAAACUGACACCUCCUCUUAGGAAAGAUCUCCAUCUACUAUCUCUCCAUCUAAACUGACACCUCCUCUUCGGAAAGAUCUCCCUCUACUAUCUCUCCACCUAAACGGACACCUCCUCUAAGGGAAAGAUCUCCCUCUACUAUCUCUCCACCUAAACGGACACCUCCUCUAAGGGAAAGAUCUCCCUCUACUAUCUCUCCACCUAAACUGACACCUCCUCUAAGGAAAGAUCUCCCUCUACUAUCUCUCCACCUAAACUGACACCUCCUCUAAGGGAAAGAUCUCCCUCUACUAUCUCGCCACCUAAACUGACACCUCCUCUUAGGAAAGAUCUCCCUCUACUAUCUCUCCACCUAAACGGACACCUCCUCUAAGGGAAAGAUCUCCCUCUACUAUCUCUCCACCUAAACUGACACCUCCUCUAAGGAAAGAUCUCCCUCUACUAUCUCUCCACCUAAACUGACACCUCCUCUUAGGGAAAGAUCUCCCUCUACUAUCUCGCCACCUAAACUGACACCUCCUCUAAGGGAAAGAUCUCCCUCUACUAUCUCGCCACCUAAACUGACACCUCCUCUUAGGAAAGAUCUCCCUCUACUAUCUCUCCACCUAAACUGACACCUCCUCUAAGGAAAGAUCUCCCUCUACUAUCUCUCCACCUAAACUGACACCUCCUCUAAGGGAAAGAUCUCCCUCUACUAUCUCUCCACCUAAACUGACACCUCCUCUAAGGGAAAGAUCUCCCUCUACUAUCUCUCCACCUAAACGGACACCUCCUCUAAGGGAAAGAUCUCCCUCUACUAUCUCGCCACCUAAACUGACACCUCCUCUUAGGAAAGAUCUCCCUCUACUAUCUCUCCACCUAAACUGACACCUCCUCUAAGGAAAGAUCUCCCUCUACUAUCUCUCCAUCUAAACUGACACCUCCUCUAAGGGAAAGAUCUCCCUCUACUAUCUCUCCACCUAAACUGACACCUCCUCUAAGGAAAGAUCUCCCUCUACUAUCUCUCCACCUAAACUGACACCUCCUCUAAGGGAAAGAUCUCCCUCUACUAUCUCUCCAUCUAAACUGACACCUCCUCUAAGGGAAAGAUCUCCCUCUACUAUCUCGCCACCUAAACUGACACCUCCUCUUUAGGGAAAGAUCUCCCUCUACUAUCUCGCCACCUAAACUGACCUGCUUAGAGCUCAGCAACUCUCAAUGUGGCUAAUUUCCACAAGGAACCUAAAGCUCUUCUGUUAAUAUUUUGUGUUACGGUAACUCUCUCCUGUCUCUCUUCUGUUCAUAUUUUGUAUUACGGUAACUCUCUCUUCUGUUGAUAUUUUGUAUUACGGUAACUCUGUCUUCUGUUAAUAUUUAGUAUUACGGUAACUCUGGCUUCUGUUAAUAUUUAGUAUUACGGUAACUCUGUCUUCUGUUAAUAUUUAGUAUUACGGUAACUUUCUUCUGUUAAUAUUUUGUAUUACGGUAACUCUGUCUUCUGUUAAUAUUUAGUAUUACGGUAACUCUGUCUUCUGUUAAUAUUUAGUAUUACGGUAACUCUGUCUUCUGUUAAUAUUUAGUAUUACGGUAACUCUGUCUUCUGUUAAUAUUUUGUAUUACGGUAACUCUGUCUUCUGUUAAUAUUUAGUAUUACGGUAACUCUGUCUUCUGUUAAUAUUUAGUAAUACGGUAACUCUGUCUUCUGUUAAUAUGUUGUAUUACGGUAACUCUGUCUUCUGUUAAUAUUUAGUAAUACGGUAACUCUGUCUUCUGUUCGUCCAGCGGAGCUGAACUUGGAUCUGUCCCGGCCCCUGAAGGUGAACCCUACGCUGGUGAAACUGGAGCAGACCAAGGCCUACCUGAGGAAGGUCCUACCUGAUCACUACUGGGAGGCUCCUAAGCCCUCCUCCACCCCUCAUUCCUCCCCCAGUAGGACCUCGUCCUCCUCUCCCCCGCGUCCCGACCCCUCCCACCUCAGCUCUCUCAGAUCCCUGGCAGCCUUCCACAAGGUGUCCCUCCGCACCGCCCAGAUCGUGGUUGUCAUGGAGACUGAGUCGCACCCUGCCCGGCCCAGCCUGACCUGGUCGGUGUCGGCUAUGAAGGGUACCAUGAACAUGAAGACUGGGCCCAAGCUAGACGACCCGGUCCAGUCAGUCUCAGUGCUGUUGGAGCUACAGGAUAUCCUGGUGAGGACGGGUCUGAAGGAUCGGAGCCGUCUGCUGCUGGGGCCUUUCUCCUGUAGCGCCGCCCUAGAGGCCAGGUGGUGUAGACACAGCAGCAGUCCUGGACCUGAGACGGGGACCCCUAAACUACUGCUGGAUCUGAAGGGAGGCCUACUGCAGGUGUUCUGGGGCCAGGAGCAUGUAAACUGUCUGAGGCUGGUGUAUGAACACCUUCAGGCCUACCUCCAGAAGAACCAGGGGUCUGGGUCUGGAUCUGGGACUGGGACUGGGUCAGGGUCUGGGACUGGGUCUGGGUCUGGGGCUGGGACUGGUUCUGGGACUGGGACUGGGUCUGGAUCUGGGACUGGGGCUGGGUCUGGGGCUGAAGAGGAAAAGCCCCACUUUGACACCCAGUCAACCCCCUCCCCUGAGUCCCCCUCCCCCAGGACAGAACACAGCUCUGACGACCUCCGCACCGGGCUGUUCCAGUACAUACAGAACUCAGCCUAUCAGAAACUGCCUGGUCCAUACGAGGUUGUGUUCUAUAACGAAACAGACGACAGUCCCGGCGUCAUGCUGUGGCGUUACCCAGAAUCCCGUGUGUUGACCUUCGUACGCAUCACUCCAGUUCCCUUCAACACCACCGAGGACCCCGAGAUCAGCACCGCAGAUCUAGGAGACAGACUCAAGGUUAGUACCAUACUAUCUAUAUAUCUAUAUCUAUAUCUAUCUAUCAGACCUAGGAGACAGACUCAAUGUUAGUACCAUACUAUCUAUAUAUCUAUAUCUAUAUCUAUAUCUAUCAGACCUAGGAGACAGACUCAAGGUUAGUACCAUACUAUCUAUAUAUCUAUAUCUAUAUCUAUCUAUCAGACCUAGGAGACAGACUCAAGGUUAGUACCAUACUAUCUAUAUAUCUAUAUCUAUAUCUAUCUAUCAGACCUAGGAGACAGACUCAAGGUUAGUACCAUACUAUCUAUAUAUCUAUAUCUAUAUCUAUCUAUCAGACCUAGGAGACAGACUCAAGGUUAGUACCAUACUAUCUAUAUAUCUAUAUCUAUAUCUAUCUAUCAGACCUAGGAGACAGACUCAAGGUUAGUACCAUACUAUCUAUAUAUC